UGCAGCAGUGGCAACAAAGAGAAACACCACAGCCUGAAGAGAACAGAAGACCACAGCCUCAAGUUUACAGUCCAGUCUGGUGCUGAACUUUCUGAAGAACUUUCUGUAGAUUUUUUUAUCCAUCUCAAAGAACGAAAAUGAAAACCCACGUCAUUGCUUCUCUUCUGGUGCUCCUUGUUUUCUGGACAACAAGUGAAGUUAAAGGGAUGAGUCUGGGUGUUGAGCUGCACUGUCGCUGCAUCCAAACAGAGAGCAAACCCAUCGGUCGCCACAUAGAGAAGAUCGAGCUCAUUCCUGCAAACUCUCACUGCGAGGAGACUGAGAUCAUUGCCACAUUGAAAAGGACGGGUGAGGAGGUGUGUCUGAACCCUGAGGCUCCCUGGGUCAAGAGGGUCAUUGAAAAGAUUCUGUCAAGCCGUAGACGUUGAACCUGUGUGAAUGAACUCCACUCCAUCCUCACCAGACUCUGAAAAGACUCUUCUUUAUCCACAUUCUGUUGAUGAAGAGGAAAGACUGAAGAAGAACAAAGAAACUCACAGAAAAUGACAGGGCUGGCCCUGUCUGCUCCAAACAAAGCGUGCGCUUUCGUCACUUUAUUCUCUA